CUGGAAUCAAAGCUUUCCUCGACCUACAUUCAUUCCAACACACAAAAUCAGGCAAAUCGUAAACAAUCAUCCAGACAUAACAUUACAGGAUGUCGACAUGGUCAGAGCAAGAUAUUCGGCUUGAUCCAGCUAUACGAAACUGGGUACUAUUGCCCAUCACCUUGGUUAUGUUAUUGGUUGGAAUCUUACGACAUUAUGCAAUGCAAUUACUUCAUACCGAUCCUAAACCGAUUUCAUUGAUAGCACUUCGAGAACAACGUAUAUUACUUCGAGCGAAUUGUUUCCGAUCAAAUGGUCAUUUUUUGAAUACCACAAGAUUUGAAAAUAGAAGACAGGUGUUAAUUCAAGCACUUGAAAGUGGAUCUUAUUUGAGUGAUCAUGAAGUUUCCAAACAACCUGGAAAAGAAGAUGCUCCAGCUGUACCACCUAAUCCAUUAGAAGCUGCUAAUAUGGAUGGAAUGAUGGAUGGUAUGAAGAAACAAAUGGUAAUGAUGAUUCCACAAACAGUGAUCAUGGGAUGGAUCAAUGCUUUCUUCUUUGGGUUCGUGUGUGUCAAAUUACCCUUUCCCCUACCAAACGGAUUCAAGCAAAUGCUUCAGAGAGGUAUCGAAACACCCGAUAUGCACAUCAGUUGGGUAUCAUCUCUAUCUUGGUACUUCCUUAAUCUCUUUGGUUUGAACUCUCUCUACCGGUUGAUUCUGGGAGACGGAAAUGCGGCGGAUGGAUCAAAUUCUCUGGCGAUGGGUGGUACUGGAGCGACUCCUAGCAUGGUCAUGCCAGGUCAACAAGUUGAUUAUAAGAAACUUUUCAAGGCAGAAGUGGAGAAUUUGAAAUUGGUCGAUCAUAAAGUUAUUUAUGAUAAAAACUCUAAUCUCAAGCUUGAUAGUAUAGAAGACAGAGUAUUAAGAAUGUAUGGAAAAUCAAAUUAACUCGAAAAUUAUUUAUCUCUCUACCUUGAUAAGCGCUUUCCACAAGUCCAUCCGUCCUCAUAUGAUUUUCACCUAUGAUGGGGUCUUCGGGAACAAACUCUCACCGGGUAGUGCGCGUAGUUUAGUUGAUACCUUAUUUGUACUAAGAAUAUAGCACGUGUGCAAACGUCUCAAUACACUACUUUGAUUUCUAUGCUUGAGAUGAUUGAAUUAUUGGAUUCUUUUGAAUGUUGUGUUGUAUUUAAAGUCACUCUUUGCAAAAUCAAAAAAAUAGUGUAGGCUUGAUGAG